AUGUCGCACAGCAGAACCAUGGGGGCCUUUUGUGCCGCAACACUCAUCACCGCGUUUCUCGCCGCUGCCGAAGGAACAAACGCCUUCACCAACACAGGAACUAGCCCGCUGAGAAAGGAAGCAGCAAGCAAGGGUAUUCUCAUCGGAUCCGGAGCCAUCAAUCAGACCUAUCUCGAUAAUCCUCAGUUUGCAACCAUCCUCGCCGAGCAGUUCCAGAGUCUUUCCCCCGAGAAUGAGAUGAAGUGGCCGUUCAUCCACCCGACGCCAGGGCACUACAAUUGGGACACGAUCGACCGCCUUGUUGGCUUUGCGGAGAACAAUGACAUGGUGGUCAAGGGACAUGGACUCAUCUCGAGCUGCUGCAACCCCGACUACCUGCUCAACAUCACCAACCCCAAGCUGUUUCGCGCCGCCAUGGUCGAUCAUUUCAGGCGAUCAUGCACCGAUACACUGGCAAGCGGCCUACAGACCAAUGGCUUCUACAACGUGCUUGGCCCUGAUUAUAUCGGAGAGGCUUUCCGUAUUGCCCGAACAGUGUGCCCGGGUGCCAAACUGUUUAUCAACGAGAAUCUCGUCGAAUCACGUCCGGGCAAACGUCAAGAGCUCUAUGAUUUAGUCUCUAGGCUUGUAGCGAAAGAUAUCCCCAUCGACGUCCACUCCUACAAGGCUCUCGUGCUGGAAGUAUCCAUCGCUGAAAUGGAUGUCCACACGCUUAACACCACACUCCACACCGAUAUCUACAGCGCCGUUAUCACUGAGGCUCUUGAUGCUAGAAUCACCGAUAUCAGUUUCUGGGGAUUUACAGAUAAGUAUGCUUACACCUGGCUAGAGGGUGCGAAGCCAUUGAUGUUCGACGAGUACUAUAAUCCUAAGGGCGCGUUCUAUGCUACCCACACUGCCCUGACAAGCUUGGACAAUGAGCCCUAA